AUGACGCUUGAAGAUGCGGAUCUUGAGCACAGAAUAUCACUGACCGCUCAUCAACCCCGACACAUCAUCAAUGGGGUCAUUUGUAUCAGCGAGCCGGCAAAAGCUCCAACAACCUUUCACCGCKCAUCGACUGUGUCUACGCUGGGAGACAUGGAUGCGCUCCCGCUUGAGCUACUCCACGCCGUAUUCGCAAUGCUGGAUUUCGCAACACUUGCUGGCAUGACCAGAACCUGCUCCCGGGGCAUGGAGGUCGUGAAGAGUUUGCCAGAGUAUCGUGAUGUCACGCGGUAUGCUCCCGUGGCACUCACUGCUCUCGGGAGGACGAGGCUUCUUCGUCACCAUUCUUCAGCCACGAUCUAUGCUGCCUUGCUGUCUGCGAGAUGCGUAACAUGUCACCAAUUCGGUCCUUUUUUGUUUCUUCCCACCUGCCAACGUUGUUGCUACCUCUGUCCGUGGAAGAAUCAGAGCCUGUGGCUUGUUACUCCGUCAACAGCCAGGAAAUGCUUUGGGUUGUCCGCAGCCAGCAUAAAGGCAUUGCCGCUUCUACGCAGCAUACCCGGAAAAUAYCACGUCAAGUACAGCAUCUCCCGCCAGCGCUCAGUCGGACUUGUAUGCGCUGGAACUGCUAAACGGCUUGCUUUGAUCAUGGGCGGGACUGAAGAGCAGAUGAGACAAAAUCUGGAGCUUGAACGCGCAGCAAAUCGUCUUUCUGACAAGCAAUACUAUCAACUACGCCACCUUCUGAGAGCUCCGCUGAUGUCACCCGGCCAGAAGUUCCACCUGCAGCCAAUGGAAUCGAAUGCCGGAAACGAUGCAUAUUGUGGCAUGGCAUCGCUGCCAUUCCCUUACUUGACUCCCGAUAAAAGGACUGAAGGCGGACUAUGGUGCUUAGGCUGCGAAUACGUCAGGAGGACGUGGCACCCUAACAGCCCGAUUCCAGAACACCUCUUACAUCUGUUACUGCCUGGCCGUCGGGCGGACGAUGUGGUGAAUAUAAUGCAAGACAUUGCGAGGUCAAGGGCCGAAUUUGCAAGGCAUAUCGACCAAUGUCCCGGAGCAAAGGAAUUGAUUUAUUCCGCCACAAAACACGGAAGCUGA